AUGUUUGCGGACGACGUGAAGAUGUACGGGAAGGUAGACAGCGACGCAGAUGUACAGUUCAUACAGCGCCAGAUCGACUCUUUGUGCCGGUGGUCUGCAAAAUGGGGCCUGACGCUCAAUGCGGCUAAAUGCAAGGUGCUCACCCUGACAUUGAGGCGUCAGCCGGUCUCCAGCGCCUACACGAUAGACGGAGUCGAGCUGGAGCGAAACGCGGUGAAGUCCAAGCUAAGAAAUAAACUACGAAACGAGCGACACCGGCACCCAGCGGAGGAACGCAGCGGCGCUAAGCGCGCCAGGCUGAGCGGCGAGGCGGCGGCGUCUGCUGGCCUUCCCAACUACACGGCUGACGCCGAAGAUGAUGAGCUGGUGGAUGCAACAUACAUCCUGAAAAACAAGGAGGAUCUCUCAUCCGCCGAGGCGGUUGAGCUGAAAAAGAAGACAUUCGUGGCGAGGCGGACGAUGCUCACAAAGCGGAAGGAGCCCCUGACGGCGCUGAAAGAGCGGUUUCCGUGGCUCUUCGAUAGUAACGAGGUCUGGGACGAGUUCGGCCGCAUUUGCGGCAGCGACCGCCGUGAAGCCGCCCGGGCUGUCAUCAAUCGGACUUUUGAAGCAGUGUCCCGGCGUUUCUUCACAAAAGACCAGGGCGAGGUGUUGCGGGCGAUAACCGACAUCCUGAAGAUUUCGUCCACCGCCCUCUCAGAGGGGCGUGUCCAAAUGAGAGACGGAACAGUCCAAUCUGAGGACUUGGUACUGUGUCGGUAUACCGACGAGCGGGAAGGACUCCUCCUGUGGGCGGUGUCCCACUCCGUGUUCGCAGUGAAAACUGAGCGGCGUCUGGACGCGCUGCUGCAGUUCGUUCAAGAGAAAGCCCUAGGGGUGAACGAGCCCAUGUCGGGCACCAGUAGGAAGCUCUGUGAGAAGCUUUCGGCCUUCGUCGGCCUGUAAUGAUCUACAUAUGUAGAGGUCCGUCGGGCCUUCGUCGGCCUGUGAUGUUUUGGAUCUUGAUGGUUAGUGUUUAGUUUAGACUAAGGGUGCUUACAGGGUGCUUUUAAAUACAGACAAUUGUUUUGCGUACUGCUCUGGUGUUAUUUAAAGCAAAAUAUUAUCAGCAUCUCAAAUUAAUCUGUAUUAAAUGGUAAGUUAUUCACGAUGUUUUUCUGCGCCGGUCGAACCUUCUCCUGUAUGCUAGGCCAGAAUCUAAAUAUCUUAUUUUGACGGAAAACAGAUUUUAGCCCGAUGCCCAGCUUCUACGGAAAUGUUGCAAAACGUAUGCGCUGUCACCACGCGCAUGCCUUUCACGCCACAGCUCCUUUCAGCUGUGGCGUGAAGUGCAUGCGGGUGGUGAUAGCUCAGAACUUUCGCAAAAUUUCCGUGGAACUUCGGCAUCGGGCUAAAAUCUGUUUUCCGUCAAUUUUUUUUUUUUUUAAUGCUGGCCUAUGCUUACAGGAAAAAGUUCGACCGGCGCAGAAAAACAUCGUGAAUAACUUACCAUUGAAUACAGAUUAAUUUGAGAUGCUGAUAAUAUUUUGCUUUAAAUAACACCAGAGCAGUACGCAAAACAAUUGUCUGUAUUUAAAAGCACCCUGUAUGUGUGGUGGUACAAGAGGCUGCCCGGUCGGGUGAACUUCCCGGGGUCGCGUUGACGGGCUGAACUCGUCAUACAGUGUUAGUCCUGACCAAGGUGUUAGUGUUAAGGCGUUUGGUGCGAGAGGCUGCCCGGGGUCGCCUUGACGGGCUGAACUCGUCUCACAUACUGUUAAGUCCUGACCAAGGUGUUAGUGUUAAGGCGUUUGGUGCGAGAGGCUGCCCGGGGUCGCCUUGACGGGCUGAACUCGUCUCACAUACUGUUAAGUCCUGACCAAGGUGUUAGUGUUAAGGCGUUUGGUGCGAGAGGCUGCCCGGGGUCGCCUUGACGGGCUGAACUCGUCUCACAUACUGUUAAGUCCUGACCAAGGUGUUAGUGUUAAGGCGUUUGGUGCGAGAGGCUGCCCGGGGUCGCCUUGACGGGCUGAACUCGUCUCACAUACUGUUAAGUCCUGACCAAGGUGUUAGUGUUAAGGCGUUUGGUGCGAGAGGCUGCCCGGGGUCGCCUUGACGGGCUGAACUCGUCUCACAUACUGUUAAGUCCUGACCAAGGCGUUAGUGUUAAGGCGUUUGGUGCGAGAGGCUGCCCGGGGUCGCCUUGACGGGCUGAACUCGUCUCACAUACUGUUAAGUCCUGACCAAGGUGUUAGUGUUAAGGCGUUUGGUGCGAGAGGCUGCCCGGGGUCGCCUUGACGGGCUGAACUCGUCUCACAUACUGUUAAGUCCUGACCAAGGCGUUAGUGUUAAGGCGUUUGGUGCGAGAGGCUGCCCUGGGUCACGUUGACGGGCGGAACUCAUAGUCACACAUAGUGUUACCGGGAACUGUCUUUUUGUGAUUACUAUUAUAAUAAAUAGUGAGUUGUCAUGAAAUGUU